UCUACGGAAGCCCGCUCAGGACCAACGCAGUUAGUUUCCUUUUCUGCGUAAGUAAUUACUGAGUCACGCUGAGUCUUGAACGACGUUUACUUUCGGUUUCGUUUUUUUAGGAAAGCCGAGCUGUUAAGAUUUAUUUGUAUGUGGUCCCGGGUGAGUUGUGGCUCGCUACACUGGAACCUAAUGCAGCUAUGUGAGUCGCUUUAGCUGUAACCAACCACGUUCACAAUGGCCGUGGUGGUCCAGAGCAGCGAGGGCUGGGUUUUGGAUGCAUGCUCACUUAUUGAUCAGGGCUAUUCGCGUUGCAUCCGAUGGAGAAAUGGUCGAAAGUCACAAGUCAAGUGUCGUUGCAAAAGGCGGUGUUUUCAGAUUUUAAAGAGCCAUUAUUGUGUGAAUGCCAGUGUUGCUGUGGAAGGAGGAAACACGGAUACGUUACAGAAAGUAAACAAACCAUCAAAGAAAAGGAAACGAAAACACAGUGAUCUCAACCAGGGGGAAGUUGAUGCACAAGCUUUUCACGAGAAGAUCAGGUCUGUCAUCCUGGAGGGAAGCAAGUCUUUGGUGGACUCUGCUCGGUACCUGGGAUAUCUGACCGGAGCCACGGACACGGUGACGGAGCCUCUUCCCCUCCAGGAAUGCAGCCUUGCCGCUCUUUGUGAAAUGGCUAAAGAGCUUCCUCUAGUGGACGAGGAGGAGCAGGAGGAGCGUACUCAGUCACUUGCUGCUGAGGAUGGCUGCACAUCGCAUGUUGACUUGUUCUCCCGGGUAACGGAGAACAGGGCGGACGAGGCCACAGUGGUUACACUAAUGGGAGAGGAAUAUGUAAUACCACCACACACAGCCUUCCUGCUGUCUGAUUUCACACGAAUCCAGCCGCUAGUCCACUAUGGAACAAAGUUUGACUUAAUAGUUAUGGAUCCACCGUGGGAAAACAAGUCUGUGAAAAGGAGUCGCAGAUACAGUUCUUUGCCCUCAUCACAGCUGAAACGGCUGCCUAUCCCCCAACUGGCGUCCACGAACUGCUUAGUCGUCACCUGGGUCACAAACCGGCCCAGCCACCUGCGUUUCGUCCGUGAUGAGCUGUAUCCACACUGGGGGAUAGAGGUCGUAGCCGAAUGGUUCUGGGUCAAGGUGACCACAUCUGGACAGUUUGUGUUUCCACUGGAUUCGCCGCACAAGAAGCCGUAUGAAGUGCUGGUCCUGGGCCGAUAUCGUUCCUCUGCAGAUACCUCCAUAAGCUCUUUGGAGACGCCAGAGGUUCCCGUAGAGGACAGCCGCUUGAUCAUCAGCGUCCCAUCAGCUCUCCAUUCCCAGAAGCCCUCACUCUCAGAGGUGUUGAAGCUGUAUGUUGGAGCCGAAGCCACGUGCUUGGAGCUGUUCGCUCGAAGCCUGCAACCCGGUUGGACCAGCUGGGGCAAUGAAGUGCUCAAAUUUCAGAACUCGAGCUAUUUCGCUCUGACACCUGCAGAUGAUCCAACAGACAUUUCUAAAGAUGGGAUCUGCACAGACAAACCCGCAGUCACACCAGCAUCCGAGUCACCUGUAGAAUCCUCUCCUCCUCUUCAGCGGCCAACCACUGAGGACUCAUGACUCAUCUUCAGCAUUUCGCUUUGUUUUUAAUAAAGAUUUAACGGUAGAAUAUUUCUAUACCAGCUCCUUUUGAUCUGUAUUUCUCAUGCAUGUGGGACCUUUGAUUUCUUUUUGAGUCUGGGUACAUUUUUAAAGUAGUGAAUCACAGGGCUGAUGAUGCAGUUGGAGAGAUGAAAGUGCAUUUCUGUGCUGCUAUGUUUUGAACCUCUUUUACCACAUUGCAACAACACAAGGUUUUUUUAUAUUUGCUUUUUUAUAUUUUUUAUAUUUCCCAUUUUGAGUAAUCUUAACAAAAUGUGUCUUAAAGAUGAAGUAUUUCUUUCUAUUGUUGCUGUUUUGAACUGAAUUUCAAAAUGUCUCCCCAUCAUAGCGAAAUAAAAUUUUAUACUGAAUGUA